AUGUCGCCCCCGAAUCACAAGUCACCUCGAGAAUGGCACCCACUGGAGGCCUCCCCAGAUGUGUUCACCAGAAUGGCUCGAUCCUGGGGCUUGCCUGAACGGUACUUCUUUGUCGAUAUCUUGGGUUUUGACGAUGAAUCAUUGGCCAUGGUUGAUCGGCCCGUCCACGCUGUGAUCUUUCUUAUCCCAGAUACAGAGGCGAUCGUCAAGAUGAGGUCAAACGAAGGACCUCAAAUGGACGUCUCGCCUGGAUCUGAGGUCGUGUGGAUACCUCAGGUGGACGUGGGUGACUGCGGGACGUUUGCCAUCGUUCAUGCUCUCGGAGUGACUGGUCUGGCCCCAGGUCUAGUCCCUUUCUUUGACAAGUGUCGAGUCGCAGCUCAUUGUGUGGCGGCCGAGCCCAGAGAGCGGACACAUCUGUUCGCGACGGAGGCCCUGAUCUACGACGCCCAUCAUUCUGCGAUCGACGCUGGCCAAUCUAUUGUAAGGGACUCUGACUGGGAUGAUUGCGACCACUUUCUAUCAUUUGUACAUGCAAAUCUGCAAGGGGAGACACGAGUGCUCGAGAUGGACGGCACCGAACUGAGGAGUGGGCCAUUGGACAGGGGCAAGUCACAAAAUGGAGAUCUUCUCGACGUAGGUUUCCGUCUCUGA